CAACGGCUACUACGAUUGGGCGGACAACCUUAAACCUAUUCGACCUGGUGCAUGCGCAACAGCAGCUCAGUUACAAACAUUAUCGUUCAGUGUGGUUUUUUAUCAUAUCAGCUUCCAAGAAGGAGAGCGAGGCUGUACACAGAUGGCAGGAGAAGAAGGGGCAGACCAGGAAAAGGGAUUUAAACUGUUGGGGAUCCUGGAUGUCCAGAGGAUACCGUGUGCCCGAGACGCCAUUCUGCAUGGAGCCGGAGGCUCAGUAGCUGCUGGCAUGCUUUUCUUUCUUUCCACCAGUCGAGUGAGGCGCUCCUUUGAUGUCGGCUUUGCAGGCUUCAUGCUCACCACUCUCGGGUCUUGGUUUUACUGCAGAAUGAACAACAUUAAGAUACGGGUGCAGCAGAGGGUCAUACAGGAGGGCAUCCGGAACCAAGUAGUGUACGAGGGAACGUCUCUAGACCCGACUAACAAACCCAGAGCAGACGCUCCUUCUGGUUCCUCGUGAUGCCCAGCACCUCAUCUCUAUGGCAGACAGAAUCAAAGCGACACAGCCUGCUGCCUCUGUGGAAAGGUUUUAUUUCUGUUGGCUUGAAAGACUCUCUAAAGUUUCUGCUACAGGGGAAGUGGUCUGUUAAAGCAGAAGUUUUCAAAGUUGCAUUUAUUCAUAAAAACCUUUUCCAAUACAAACAGGAAACUGGUCUUGAAGUUUAAACUGAAUCGACUCCAAUGACAUAUUUAUCUGAGAUGUUCAUUUCUGGAACAAUUAAUAAAAAAUAAAAAUGCAUAGAGGCUUGAGUGCUUGUUGAAGUUUUGAAUCAGAUUUGCUAUAUUAUAAAUGAUUAGAAUUAUUUAAGUGAAGCUCCUUCAAAAUUCUCAUUUAUGGUAAAGUAUGUCUAUUCUUUGUAUUUUGAACAUCUGGUAGUUAGGAGUGACGUCUGGCAGCUGAACAUAAAUGUACAUUAAACUUUAAGGUUUUUCUUUCUAUGGUAACCUAAAUUGUAAAACAGUACUUCAAUGUUACAACCACAUUUUAUGUGGUUGUAACAUAAACAUCUUUUAGUUCACACACACAGUGCACCUUUGUAUUAUUCACUGCUCAAUAGCAGUAUGAUGAAAUGUUAACUAGCCUGUUAGCCAGCAGCAUAGCUGCACUAAAAUUUACUAAGGCUCUUCAUCAGUCACCCGAAUCCCUGGAAGACUCAUUUUGCUUUCAGUAUUUUCCAGAUAAAAGCCAAAUAGCAGCUUGUAACAGCCGUAUUUGUGGUGUCUCUUUAAGAUGCUCUAUUCUAGCUGAUGACGUCACACGUAUGCGCCGUAGCUUCUCUGUGGAGAGCGAGGGAGAAACAUAUUAGUCGGACAUGUUGUUUGGACUCUGUUCAUUUUAUUUAUGUUUUGAUACUACAGCAGCCGUUCAACCGGGCAUUACAAGGUUGUUGAAGAGUGCGUUUAUUAAAGAUAACACUGUGGAAUUCUA